AUGUGUGACGUCGUCUUGGGUUCCCAAUGGGGAGACGAAGGUAAAGGAAAGUUGGUGGACAUUUUGUGUGAAGACAUCGAUGUCUGUGCCAGAUGUCAAGGUGGAAACAACGCCGGCCACACCAUUGUUGUGGGCGAUGUGAAGUACGACUUCCACAUGCUUCCCUCCGGCUUGGUCAACCCCAAGUGUUUGAACUUGUUGGGUUCCGGUGUGGUGAUCCACGUUCCUUCGUUCUUCGAGGAGUUGGAGAAUUUGGAGAAGAAGGGCUUGCAAGGCAGAGACCGUUUGUUUGUGUCUUCCAGAGCACACUUGGUGUUCGACUUCCAUCAGAGAACCGACAAGUUGAAGGAGGCCGAGCUUUCCACCACCAAGAAGUCCAUCGGUACCACCGGUAAGGGUAUCGGCCCUACCUACUCCACCAAGGCUUCUAGAUCUGGUAUCAGAGUUCACCACUUGGUGUCGCAGGAGCCUGAGGCAUGGGAGGAGUUCAAGGUCAGAUACAGACGUCUCGUGGAGUCGAGAUACAAGAGAUACGGCGAGUUCGAGUACGACGCCGAGGCCGAGUUGGCUCGUUACGAGAAAUACAGAGAGCUCUUGAGACCUUUCGUCGUGGACUCUGUUGACUUCAUGCACAAGGCCAUUGCUGCCAACAAGAAGAUCUUGGUCGAGGGUGCCAACGCAUUGAUGUUGGACAUCGACUUUGGUACCUACCCAUACGUCACUUCUUCUGCCACUGGAAUUGGUGGUGUUUUGACUGGUUUGGGUAUUCCUCCAAGAGCCAUCAAGAACGUUUUUGGUGUUGUCAAGGCCUACACCACCAGAGUUGGUGAGGGUCCAUUCCCUACCGAGCAGCUCAACGCUGACGGUGAGACCUUGCAAUCUAUUGGUGCUGAGUAUGGUGUCACCACUGGCAGAAAGAGAAGAUGCGGCUGGUUGGACUUGGUUGUGUUGAAGUACUCCAAUGCCAUCAACGGCUACACCCACUUGAACAUCACCAAGUUGGAUGUGUUGGACACCUUCAAGGAGAUCCAGGUUGCUGUUGCCUACCACCUCAACGGUGAGAAGUUGUCGUACUUCCCCGAGGACUUGAACAAGUUGGCCAAGGUUGAGGUUGAGUACGUGACUCUUCCAGGAUGGGAGCAGGAUAUCUCCAAGAUCACCUCUUUCGAGGCCUUGCCUGAGAACGCCAAGAAGUACUUGCAAUUCAUCGAGGACUUUUUGUCUGUUCCUGUUAAGUGGGUUGGUGUUGGCCCAGCACGUGAGUCCAUGCUUGUUAAGAACUAG